GCCCUGAGUUCUUGUGAAAUGAAAGUGAACAAUAGAUUUUCUGUCUUGUCAUAUGGCACAUCUAGAGAGAAGUUUGUUUGUUUUUAAUGACUAUUUCGCAUUGCUAUUGAUAAUAAUCUGAUAUUUCUUUUUAAAUCAGAAGUGGUAGUUGUGACCGGUAAGGUAAGGGGGUAUAUCUGAUAUUUUAACUUCCCAAAAAUGAACAAACAUUUCUAUUAUAAAACAAAACAUGCUGAAGAGAGAGAGACACAGGAUAUACCGUAUGUGUUAUUGUGCUUGAGAGAAAUAGAGAACAGGACAAACAGAAAAGUAGCUUAAAAACGAUGUGUAUAGUUAUGGUUUCAAACUUUUUUUUUAUGCAGGCAAAAUGGCAGAAGCUGGUUUUCCUAGUAAGCCAAGGAUGGGAAAAGUAUGCACCUGUGUCGUAGGUCAUACUUUCAAUUCUGAUAAGGACUUGGUAAGACAACUCACUGGCGAGGAGACUGUACUGAAGUGUCACUAGCGGAGAGUGAUGUCAUCAUAAUGAUCUGUCCUAUGGGCAGUGACUUUGGAACUCUGGACCUUGAUAUACAACUGGAGGUGGUCUCAGACUACCUAGCUGGUAGACCUGUUGUUCUGGUGGUGCUGCACCAUGACACUUUCGACCCAGACUCCACUAUACCUGACAGCAGCAGACUAGUGACCAGAGGUGAGGUAAUACUCACAGUGGACUGUCUAUUUAAUCACAGAGGACUGCUGGACUGUCCUCGCAAUAAAGAAGCAGUCGAUACGAUUCUGAAGAGGCUAAACGUACAACCAAAGCAGGAACUCACAGAAGGUAAGCCAAGGAUGGGAAAAGUAUGCACCUGUGUUGUAGGUCAUACUUUCAAUUCUGAUAAGGACUUGGUAAGACAACUCACUGGCCGAGGAGACUGUACUGAAGUGUCACUAGCGGAGAGUGAUGUCAUCAUAAUGAUCUGUCCUAUGGGCAGUGACUUUGGAACUCUGGACCUUGAUAUACAACUGGAGGUGGUCUCAGACUACCUAGCUGGUAGACCUGUUGUUCUGGUGGUGCUGCACCAUGACACUUUCAACCCAGACUCCACUAUACCUGACAGCAGCAGACUAGUGACCAGGGGUGAGGUAAUACUCACAGUGGACUGUCUAUUUAAUCACAGAGGACUGCUGGACUGUCCUCGCAAUAAAGAAGCAGUCGAUAUGAUUCUGAAGAGACUAAACGUACAACCAAAGAUAUAGUUACAACUUAUAGCCCACUUUAAGUUAUUUAGCACAGCACUUGCACACCACACAACGCUUGUUUAGGUGGGUUGAGUUUUGGCCAGCCUGGCGACAUAAAUUAGUUAAAAGACAAUUAAGAAAGGGAGUUCCAAACUUCUCUGCCAAUAACAGCUAGUUUUCAGUUUUCCCCUCCCCACUCAGACCACUCCCAGACAGUUCUAGGAAAAUUAUGUUCAGCUUGAUUGAAUUGUAUAAGCACUUCUUUCAAUCAACUUAUGGAAACCACCAAAAUGACUAUUGGAGGGAUGCAAUGAAUUGUAUAUUGAUGUUGAAUUGAGUUUUCAACUGACACGAGUUGAAUAUAUUGUACAUUAAACAACAACUAAAAACAAUUGUAAAAGUAAUUAAACAGUUUUCCCUAUUGAAUGUGCAUUGAUUGAAACCUGAGGUCAUCUGAAAUAAAAUCUUCAAAUGCUGAUGACGCCUUGCAAAUGCAAUAAAAACAAACAGCUUUGAUGAAAUGUGAACUAUCUAUUUGAAUUA